AUGGCGGCGAACAACGUUGGCCACCGCGUCUUCCUCUUCGACGCCCUUCCCGAGUCGAUUCGCCGCCAAAUCUUUAACGAGGCGAAUAUCGGUCGUCUUGUCGGUGUCGCGCCUCGCCGCGACCUCAAUGCCCCUCGUAAGCAGAGCAUCCUCACCCGCAUUUGCAAGGAGAGCCGUCGGGUCUUCAGCAUCCAUGCCUUUCGGCUUUACGACUCCAUCUUUCCCUUCGUACUGAUCGGGUCUGAAGAGGAGCCCGACUGGGUUUACAUCAACCCUCACCUAGACGUCCUCUAUCUUGGAUAUGAGACCGUCUCCGGCGAGUGGAACCUGAUCGAGCCGCCCAAGUCGCACUCUCUCAUCACCGGCCUCAAGCGCGUCUGGCUUCAUUACUUCGAUGUCCCCCCCGUGGUUGGCUACACCUCUUUCGAGUUCGACCCUACCAUGCCCGCCGUCGAGAUCGACGUGACCCGCCUCAUCUACAAGAACCUCGAGCGCGUCACCAUCACCAGUGAGAGUGUCGCUCCCUCCAUCGUCGAGGAGCUUAACGGCUACACCGACUUCAAGUUCAUCUACCACGUCGAGACCAACACCGUUCUCGUCUCCCAGGGCACCAUCCCUGAGGAUGCCAUCAUCGAUGAGCGAACUCAACGUCACCUGUCCGGCGAUGAUGUCUUCAAGGUCGAGGUCCUCUUCGACCGCAAGCCCGAUCUCGUCCACGACACCACUGAGUGGCAGACAAUCAACAACGGCGACACUCAUGCUGCCGCCUUCGACAAGGCCUCCGAGCCGGUUCAGUUCGUCUGGACAUUCUCUGCGGAGUACCUUCUGAAGCGUCUCGUCCGCAACUAG